GAAACUACCCCGCUGGGCGGGGGCCUGGUUGGGCUGUGCGAGGUGCGGCCCUCUCGGAGCCACGAGUUGUACAAGUUCAUUGACUCCGAGCGCAUCUUCUACCCGUCCGACGACUCGCUCCUGCCGGGACCCGGGCCGACCGGUACCGAAGGCAGUCGAGCACCAGGACGAGGAGGCGCCGUUCUGGCGUCGCCCGUCCCCAACAACUCCGACAUGGACAUCUUCGUUGGCGGCACGCCCGCAAACGAGACCAUCACCAGUCUCUUCUCGCGCGACACCUCGUCGGCGGGCGGCCUCUGGGACCUCUCCGACCCGCUGGGACUGGUGAUGGCAAAGCUCCCGGGAGAUCUCUUACUCGCCGGCCUCAUGGCGGCUUACACCAAAAACGGCAUUUUCGCUUCCCUGUUCAUUUUACACAGCGUCUCCGCCGCGCCCAAGCCUUGGUACUACGCGCUCUACGUUCCAGGGUCUGGUUGGGGCGUCUUUUCCACGUGGGACCUCUGCGCAGCGCACGGCGCCGUCGGGGGCUCGAGGGCGCGCCACAAGAAGUACCGCGACAUCCAAGAGGCGCUCGACCACAUCAACGUGCACUACCCAAUCCCGACCUCGACCCAGAUCCUACUCGACUUCUGGUACCCGUUUGAAGGGGAGGCAACGCCAGCCCAUCCCGGCGUCCUUCUCCAACCCGUCGUCCUGAGCCCCGGCACGAUCACCACCUACGCCCAGCCAGGCGACGGCAACGGCGCCGCUGCGUCGUCAUCUGCUGCGUCGUCCUCGACGGCAACCGGCAACGGCGCCACUGCGUCAUCGUCGGCUGCAUCGCCCUCGACCUCGCCCGGCGACGGCGCCAGCAUCGAAGAGCUCGAUCCAUCGACAUCCUCCCCCAUCGACCGGCCGCCGAGGCGCAAGCGCCGGUUCGAACCGCCUCUCGACUGCCAGACAGCAUCGGCCCCGCCGUCGCCGCCGCCGGUGCCACCGUCGUCGCCACCGCCACCGCCGCCACCACCGCCCCCCUCGCCGCCCCCUCCUCCUCCCUCGCCGCCGCCGCCAGCGCCGCCUUCCCCACCGCCACCCCCCGGCGGCGACGCGUUCCCGGCCAACCUCUUCGCCCCGACUUACUUCGGCGUCGUCCGCCCGGCGCCGACACAAGAAUCUGGCUCGCUCGUCCGCCCUCGCUCACCACUCGCGGACGCUGCUGCCAAGGGCGACGCCUCCCCGCCCAGCGGCAAAGCGCGGACGACCUUCGGAGGUGCGGGCGAUCCCAAGGGCUCGUCCAAGGUGCUGAAGACACACCACGACGACACGUCGGACCCUUUGUCCUACGCCGACGCCACCGCUGGCAAGAAGCGUGACAAGAAGCGCGCCGCAUCGACUGCCCUCGACAAGGCGGCGGAGGAGGAAGCCCUCGCUAAGAAGCACAACGCAUCGUCUGCCCUCGACGAGGCGACGACCGACGACGAAGCCCUCGCCGCCGGACAACGCCUCGCCGACGCCGAGCGCGAAGUACUAGAGCUCAACGCCGCAGACUCGCCACCACCGCCGCCGCCGCCCGAGUCCGGACCGGAUCCAGGUGGCCCGAUCUCGCCGCCGCCAUCGCCACCGCCGCCACCGCAAGGACAGGCGUCCGACGACGGCGAGCAGGGCACGGGCGACGACCACGAACCCGCCAUCGCCCCGGCGGACGACGGCGCCGACGCCGAUCCGGCAGACGCCGCUGAACGGUGCAUCGCGCUCCAGGAGCGCGACUGGGCGGAGCAGUUCUGCACCACGCAGCUGCCUGAGGUUGCCAAGGCCAGGGCGGAGGCACUCGAGGACGCCACCGUCACCACCGCCACUGCGGAAGCCGCGUACACUUCGAGGUGCAUCACGCACGGACACGGCUCGGCCGAGGCAACGGCCGCCCUCGCCGACCUCGAGGCGGCCGAGGCUGCGGAGGAGCGCGCCCGUGCGCCAGUCAACUUCCCGAAGAACUAUGCGUUCUCCAAGAACGGCACUCACCUGUACGCCCACACCGUCGCGGGGUGGCACGGCACGAAGCCGGAGAACGCGACCAUCUCGGGCGACAAGGAGAACUUCUACAACACGAUCGCCCAGGCGCUCACGGCCGACAACAAGCCUGACCCCAACGGCUGUGGGCGCGUCAAGCUCCUCGACUGGAUCCGCAAGCGACGCCCUGACCUCCUACCCGUCGCUCGCCUCAUCAUGGGCACGCCCAGCUUCAUCCGCCUU